AUGUUGCCUGCUGAAUCCCUUUCUCCAUUUAUGGAUGAAAUCAAGAGUAGGGAGAAGCAAAGGAAGCGACUUGCUAGAAAGGAAAGCAAGGAGAAAAUUAAGGCCGAAAGUUCUGCCACUCAAUUUUUGCCGACACCAUAUUACUUAGCACAGUCUUCUUACGAUGUACCCCCUAACUUUUCAAUGGAGGACUUUGAAGCUUUGGGAAGUCCACCCGUGACAUCAUCAAGUCCUCCAGCGAUUGGGGAGAGGCAGUCAUUUUCAAGUGUUGCAAGGUUAGGUUUUGCUGCUGGACAUGAUUCUCCAGCUUUGAAAACUGAGGAAGCCGAAGCUCUUCCCAAGAUUGAUGUACCACACGGCUCUUGUGAUGUUGCAGGAUUGAGAAACACAGGUUCCUUAUCAUUUGCCAAUGUUACAUCUAGAGCAAAGCCUGUUGAAGGCGGCCUGCGUAUGCCCAAGGUGAAUGAAUCGGGGAAAAAGGGAAAGAAAUCAAGUCGUGUCCUCCUAUCCACAUCAGGUGGUCGACGUUAUUGA